AUGGGACCAUAUAUGUCAUAACCUAAAAAGGAAAAGGUAUACGAUUAGAAUAAAGGAAAGAAGGUCGAGUUCUGUGCUGCCUCUAUGCAAGGAUGGAGAAACACAAUGGAAGACUCUCAUAUUGCUGAAAUGAAUAUUGAUGGUGAUGAAGAUGCUUGUGUUUUUGGUGUUUUCGAUGGUCAUGGAGGUUCUGAGGUAGCUCAAUUUGUUAAGAAAUAUUUUGUUCAAGAAUUGACAAAAAAUCCCAACUUUAAAAGCAAAACAAAUCUCGGAGAGGCUUUGAAGGAAACUUUCAUUUCAAUAGAUAAAAAAAUGAUUACUAAAGAUGGUAUUAGGGAACUUCACUAACUUAGAGACCCUAGCAGAAGCGGAAAUCAAGAUUAUGAUUUAUAGACAAUCUAUGCAGGCUGCACAGCAAAUGUAUGUCUUAUAUAUAAUAAUUAAUUAUAUGUUGCUAAUUCUGGUGAUUCUAGAUCAGUCCUUUGCUCCAAGGACUAACCUUUUGCUAUGUCUAUUGAUCACAAGCCUGAUGACAAGAUCGAAUUAGAAAGAAUUAGAGCUGCUGGUGGUUUUGUUGCUGAAGGAAGAGUCAAUGGCAACUUGAAUCUUUCUAGAGCUAUGGGAGAUUUCGAAUAUAAAGAUAUAGGCGAAUAAGGUGGCGAUAAGGUAUAUCCUAAAGAACCUGAAAAAACUAUGAUUACUGUAGUUCCUGAUAUUAAAUCUAAGAAUUUAAUUACCACUGAUAGAUUCCUUCUUAUGGGAUGUGAUGGUAUUUGGGAAUGUAAAUCAAACGAAGAACUUAUGGAUUUCAUUAUUUAACGUUUAGACAGAUAGGUUCCUCUUAAAGUUAUUCUUGAAGAAUUGCUAGAUACUAUUCUUGCAAAAGAUUGCUCAGAGGGUAUUGGAUGUGAUAACAUGACAGUAAUUUUAGUUGUUUUCAACAAUGCUAAGUAGUGA